UGUGCUUCACAUUUUUUUCGCGCAUCCGUUUUCACUCGUCUUGUUUCGUGUUCCGUGUAGUUCAUUCCAGUUUUAAUUUAAUCGCUCGCGUUUCGUGAUUACAUGCGGCUUCGCGCCGCGGAAUAAGAACAUUUUCAGAGCCAGUGCAAAUAUGCGGAUGAAGUUGUUGAAGAUCGUGGUGGUCCUGUUGCUGUCAGGAUCGGGCGAUGCCAGGCCACAGGAAACCGGUGAAUCGCGACGAACGGAAACGAAUUCUAUGGACUGGAGGCCGAUCGUGCCACAGGCUGUCCAAGAAGCUAGCAGCUCUCGCCGUUCGAAGGACCUGCAGAACAUCGACCAGUCUCUGAGAACGAUGGCCACUCAACUGUUGAACGUGACCAGUCCUAAGGAGGAACCACCGAAGAUCCUCGACAACGUGAUCAACAAGUCGAACGGUAACCAGAAACCGGUCGACCGGAACGAGGCCACACCCGUUAAAGAGAUACACGUGAACAAUGGACCGGGUGGUUUCGGUAGACCGGUGAAUUCGAAAUUCAAUUACUUCGAAAGCAGCCACCCAGGUCAAGCGAUGGCUAUUACCGAAGAGGAGCUCGAGAAAGAGAUGAGUUCAACACGUCUGAUGACAGCUUAUAAAAAUCAGCCGACGACCACCGGUGGAAUUUCCACGUGGAUCCUCCUCAAUCCACCGUCUACGACCGUGAAGACAGUAGAAAUGGAACCGUCGUUUGAAACGACAGCAAAAAUCAUAGUUAAACCGACGACUCUAAUGGAGAGGAUAGGCACCACUGAGAGAACGACUGAGAAAGCGACGAUACCCGUUUCGACGACGAUAGAACCUUCGACAACUAAAAAGCCUGUCUUAGUAACAAUAAAGAAAGCUGAAACAAAACCGGAGAAGGUGACGGAGAAGACAGUCACUGAAACGAUCAGCGAGAAACCGGAGCCCGUUCAGAGUACUACUUUGAAAGUUCCUCAGACUACAAUAAAUGUAGAGAACAAGGAGAUUGGUACAACUAAGAAAAUCCCGACGAGGACGACUGCCAAACCGAAAACGACUACCGUGAAGACCGCCGUGUCUAAGCCUCCUAAAAAUCCUCGGCCUAAUCAACAGAGGCCGAAGCCUCCAACGAGAAGGACCACCGUCAAACCAGACGUAGCGAAGAACGAGAGUACCGCCACUGGGAAAAUAGAGAAAGUCACUUUCCGACCCGUGCAAAUGAUCACGAUCCCAAAAACGAAGACCGAGAGUACAGAGAAGCCGAUGUUCGUGACUAAAAUCAAAGCAUCGAUACUGAUGGACACGCAGAAGACUACCACUCAAGCUCUCAGUUCUUCUACGGCUAGCUUGGAAGCCAGUACGACUGUUAAACCAACUACGACUGGCAACGAUCUCGUAGAAACGAAGCCUAAGCCAGUCGGGACGAAGGUGAACAACGUGUUAAAGGUUCAAUUAAAGAAGCCAUUAGACGAGCCGACUAAAAUCGAGAUACACCCGAUCAAGGUGAACGCGCCGGUGCUGCAGAUAGAAAAAGUAGAGAAAAUAACAGAUUCGAAGGACAAGGAAACCGAAGACGAGACUAGAAUAGAUUUAAUGAAGUUCGACUUCAACCCUGAAUUAACAAAGAUCAACGUGAACACCGAGGUUUCUCCUAGCACGUCGAGCACCACGCCGUCGACGACGACGACGACGACGACCUCGACCACCAAGAGGCCUAGACACAAUUCCAAGAGGAAGAAGAAUAAAACUAGAAGAAGGAAACCGACUGUUUCUACAAGCACAUCUACUACAGUAUCGACAUCGACGCCUUCUACAUCUACGGAAUUCGAAUUGGCAGUCGAAGAAACAAUAGAAAAUGGAAUACAGGAAUCGAAGAUAGCACCCGAGAGCAAGGUAGCUGUUAAUUCGACUAAAACGAAGAAAAAACCAGCUGCGACACCCGUUAGUAUGCAGAUUUAUAAUUUCCUUAGUCGAGAGGUGAUGCCUAGCUUCGGUGUGAUGUCUCUGGUAGGACUUGGCCUCGGCUUGGCUUCGUACUUCCUGUAUCCCUUCAGUGGUACAGUCACGAGAAGGAACUAUGAGGUGGAGCCGAAGUAUAAAUACAAUUUCGAGGAAUACGGAGGAAGUUAUGGUCAGAGUGAAGAAGAGGUCUUAGCUAAAGUGUUACAAGGCAUGACCACCGACGACUCCAAGUAUCCUGGCUCGAAGGACUACGAUAAUUACUACAAAUACCAACACUACGAUGGUGCUUAUGAGGCGACGAAGAAAAACGAUCAAAGGAAUCCUUCAUCUUCUCCGAUCUAUCGACCAGAGAAACACAGGAACACUGAUUAUCGUUACUCCGAUGCUCAAAGUACUCCGAAUUAUUACGACAGGCCUAAACACUCUGAGUACGUCGUAGGUUCAGCUAUGCCCAGCUCGGUGAACAGGAAAUUCGUCGUAGGAAACGUGCCUAAGGAGUAUCCAAAUUACGACGAGAAAAUCUCGGCUUUACCUAAUCCGGAGAAAUUAGUAAACAGCUAUGAACCGACGGAUGGCCCGUUUAAUCACGACGUCAAUCAGAAUUUCAAAUUCCCGACAGGAGCUUCUAGUUACGAUCAGAUUCAAACGGCCAGGCCUGACGAAACUUACGAAGUGGAGAUCACGCCGACUGCGGUUGCCGUGGAACACGGGCCCAGAUCUCUCAGGAAGAAGAGGUCCUUGGUGAGUCUGAUGGACGUUUCCAGGCGAAAGAGAGACACGGUGAUUCAAAUAAUACCUACGAAGAGGGAACUGGAAGAGGAGGAGAAGGAGGACGAUUUGAGCAAUGAAAUAUUGAACAUCAUCGACUCAGCCUUGCCUGACGAUGCCCAAAAGAAAAAGAAUAAGCACAACGAAGUGGACAAUUUCGAUGACCAAAGCAAGAAAGAAAAAGACGAGGAGACGACUCGUUUAAAGGAGUCUACCACCAGCAGUCAGAAGUUUGAAACGAGCACCGUUUCCGUGGACACGUCUUCGGUAAUAAGAGAAAGUACAGAAUCAUCUACAUUGUCUUCAACAUCCGUGGAAAUCGAACAAACGACCGAUGGAUCGAAGACGACGGAACAGACCGUCGAGUGGUCCGAGUCAACCGCUAAGCCGACCGAGCAGAACGGUUUCAAUCUCUUCAAUUUCGUGAAGAAGAUCGCCGAGAUCAAGUUACGGCUCGGUCUGACGUUGCUCAAACACGCCAGCGAAGGAUUCGCCAAGUACCUCGGCCACGUGCAGAAGAGGAUCAACGGGGAGGAGUGAACGGUCUUCCGAAAU